UUUGCCCCGCUGCCCCUGCCCCUGGAGCCGGAGUCCGCCGCGGGAUGGGAGGAGCCGCGCCCUGAGCCCUCCCUCCUCCCGCGGGCUGCAGCGACAGGCCCAGGUCCCGCGGGCCGGAUGGCCUGGCAGUGCGGAAGCCGCUGAGCCCGGACCGUGCGAGCACCGAGCCCCGUAUGACCCGCGGCCGGACCUGCGAGGCCCGGAGUCGGGAUCGCUCGUCGCCUGGAGUCGAGGUAGCUCACGGCCUUUGAAGAAGUGGUUUAUAACACGCUGAGCACUUGGCCAGGAUGGUGCAUGCAGUGCUGGUUGACUUCUCGGAUGUUCCCUCUGACUGCCUUCGUAAGUGGUUCUAUCAAGCAAUGGGUGCAAUAAGCAAACACAGUCUGGCCUCAAGGACACAGGUGUUCUUGGUAUCCAGCCAGAAGAAUCCAGACGUUGCAAACACCAACACCAGGAGCUGCUUGCGCCAAUUCACAGAGGAAAUGGCCGUGCCAAUGAGAAACCUAGAGGUCUUGGUAGAAAGCAGCUUUGCUGCCAUCCUUUACUCUAUCAAGCAGAAGGUUGAUCAAGAGAACCUCAGUAUCAUUAAGGCCAUCGUGUCCGCUGAGAGGAAAAGCACACUGGAACUUUAUAUUGAGCAGCUUUUUACCAGGGUUUACAAAUUUUCAUUUGAGACACUUGUGAUAGACGGUGAAGGAGAAAUAAAGCUGCAGCUGCCGGCUCCUUCCACGGAGGGACGCCCUCUCGCACGUCAGCAAGCAGAUGACAUCUGGCGGGACAUCUGGAUGUUUGUGGGACAGCUGGAAGGAGUCAUGGGGCAGAUUGUCAUUCUCAAGUCUCUGCUGAUAUCAGAUUUAUUUCUUCAUGGCUUCACCACCCGAACUGGUGGCAUAUCCUACUUACCAGGCAUGAGCUCCUUAAACCUCUUCAGCAGCUUGAAGCGAAGGGACCCCGUGGCUGUGGUAAAUGAAAAUAUCCAGCGCUUGGCCCGGAGUGCCAGCUUUAACACGCAGGCCUUCUACCUUGCCAAGGUGAGCCAUGGCAACACCAUCUGGACCAUUGGGAAGACUGAGCCCCAAAACUACGAUGGAAUUGUGACCAACCAGAAAGGCGUCACUAUAGCAGCACCGGGAGCAGACUGUAUCCCUCUCCUGUUUGCGGAUCCUGUACAACAAGCAUGUGGAGCAGCCCAUGCAGGAUGGAAGGGCACCCUAGCCGGGGUUGCCAUGGCGACGGUCAACACAAUGGUGGCUGAGUUUGGUAGCAGCGUGAAGGAUGUCCUGGUGGUGAUGGGCCCCUCCGUGGGGCCGUGCUGCUUCACGCUUCACCAGGAGGCAGCCCGAGAGUUCAUGGCCAUAGACCCUCAGUGCGUGGGAGAGCCCAGCGCUUCCCGUCCGCAUGUUGACCUCAGGCGAGCAACAAGGACCUUGCUGGAACGUGGAGGGAUUCUACCGGAGAACAUAAGCGACAACUCAACAGGCAGCAGAGACACGGAGGUGACGCUUUGCACUGUGUGCCAUCCUGACUUGUUCUUUUCAUAUAGUCGAGAUGGAAACAACUUCGGGACACAAAUUGGCUUUAUCUCUGUUAGAAGCCAUCUGUAAUCCAUACAGGAGUUGACCUGCCGAAUCGAUGACUACUACAGAUGACUGAAUUCAGCCUAUGGAAUGUACCUGGUCUUUCAUCUACCUUCUUCAGGAAGUGCCUUCAUCUACAGCAGCUAUUGUAAACGGACUUUUAAAAUCAUAUUUAUAAAACACAUCCAUGAUAUUUGCACAAGUUUUAGUAUUUAUGGAAGAACAGACUUUUUAUGGCUUUAGGAGUGUUUUUGGUCAGUGACU